AUGAUCACAAGGGAAUAUGCCACUCUGUUUCUGGUGGGCUCUUUUUUCCUGUUGGACUGCAGCUCACACAACCCCCUGCAGGCUCUGCUCCAGAGCAGAACUAAGGCUGGAGUGAUGUCAGCCAGGGGAGGGACUGGAAGUCAGACUGUGAGAGGAUCUUUGGGGGAAGUUACAUCAGUAGAGCGCAGGACGAGGCUCAGGAGACAUAUGAGGUCUAGAGUCCACCGUAUUAAAAGAGGAUGGGUGUGGAACCAGUUCUUUGUCCUUGAGGAGUACAUGGGAUCUGAACCACAGUAUGUUGGAAAGCUCCACACAGACAUGGACCAUGGAGACAAUGCAGUGAAGUACACUCUGUCAGGAGAAGGAGCUGGCUCCAUCUUCACCAUUGAUCAAAUCACAGGAGAUAUUCAUGCACUGGUGGGGCUUGACAGGGAGGAAAAGUCAUACUACACACUGAAGGCCCAGGCUGUUGACAUGUACACAGGCCUCCCUCUGGAGCCGCAGUCUGAGUUCAUCAUCAAGGUGCAAGACAUCAACGACAGCGAGCCACGAUUUCCUGAAGGUCCUUACAGCGCCAGCGUCCCCGAGAUGUCUCCGACAGGAACCUAUGUGACACAGGUGACUGCCAUGGAUGCCGAUGACCCCACAUACGGCAACAGCGCCCGUAUCGUCUACAGCAUCCUUCACGGCCAGCCAUACUUCUCUGUGGACCCCAAGACAGGAGUGAUCAGGACAGCUCUAGCCAACAUGGACCGUGAGGUGAAAGGGGAAUACCAGGUUCUUCUCCAGGCCAAGGACAUGGGAGGUCAGCUGGGGGGGCUGGCCUCCACCACCACCAUCAACAUCACUCUCAGCGACGUCAACGACAACCCACCGCGCUUCGCUAAGAGUAUUUUCCAUCUGCGGGUGCCAGAGUCCGCAUCCGUUGGCUCAGGAGUGGGGAGGAUUCGAGCCCACGAUAUGGAUGCUGGCAACAAUGCAGAGGUGGAUUACGCUAUUGUUCCAGGAGAUGAGGGAAACAUGUUCGACAUCAUCUCUGAUGGCCAAAGUCAAGAGGGAAUUGUAGUCUUGAAAAAGACUCUCGACUAUGAGACUAAGAAGUCCUACACCUUCAAGGUCGAGGCGUCCAACGCACAGCUGGACCCCCGUUUCCUCCACCUGGGGCCCUUCAAGGACUCAGCGACAGUCAAGGUGAAUGUCCUGGACAUAGAUGAGCCUCCUGUCUUCACCAAGCUCUCCUUCUCUAUGGACGUAUACGAGGACACUCUUCCAGGAACCAUCAUCGGCUCUGUGACGGCUCAAGACCUGGAUGCUAGCAGCAGUGCUGUCAGGUAUUCCCUGGAAUGGCAGACAGAGUCUGACAGCUGUUUUGACAUUGACACUCUUGAAGGAACCAUUUCCACUAAUGAAUACCUGGACAGAGAGUCAGCUGUUCAUCACAUUAUCACUGUAGUGGCAACCAAAGUCAACAACCCCGUGCUGUCCUCUAAAGUGUCAGUGACUGUCAAUGUCCUGGACGUGAACGAGUUCCCUCCUGAGCUGGCGCUUCCUUCAGAUACCUUUGUCUGUGAGAACUCCAGAGUGGGACAGGUGAUCCAGACGGUCAGCGCGGUGGACAAAGACCUUCCUCCUGUCGGCCAGAGGUUCUUCUUCAAGUCCCCCAAAGAGCUUCGCGACAGAAAUUUCACUGUUCGAGAUUUUGGAAACAACACCGCUGGCAUUGUGACUCGACGCACGGGGUUCCAGCAGCGGCUGCAGGAUGUUCAUGUUCUUCCUGUUGUGGUUGAAGACAGUGGUUACCCUGCCCAGAGCAGCACAGCCACCCUCACAAUCCGAGUGUGUUCCUGCGGGGCAGGAGGUUCGCUGCUGACCUGCUCCGCUGAGGCCAUUUUCCUGCCCGUGGGCCUCAGCACUGGAGCUCUGAUGGCUAUUCUGCUAUGUGUUGCUCUGCUGAUUGUCAUGGCAGCAUUAUACAUGGGCCAGAGGCGCCACAAAGAGAAAGAGACUCUGAUGACAUCAAAAGAGGACAUCCGUGAUAAUGUCAUUCACUAUGACGAUGAAGGCGGCGGCGAGGCGGACACUCACGCGUUCAACAUGGGCACUCUGUGCAACACACACUCACAGCGCACCAGCACUCACAGUAGCACCUCCAAGAAGGAGAAAAAUGGCUACGGAGACGGGGUUCUGCUGCAUCUCAGCACCCACUGUAACAAUAUCAGGUCACCUGAUAUCCACCGUCAAACAGCCAGUGUCAUUACUGCUGUAAACAAAAAGGCCCCUCUCCCUUCCCGUGGCAGAGUGACUGAGGGAGAUGCUGAAAUUAUCAGGGAGUUCAUCGCACAGCGGCUGGAGGAGAGUCAGCAGGGUUACGCUGCCCCGCCCUUUGAUUCACUGGCAACAUACGCAUACGAAGGUGACGGCUCGGUGGCCGGCUCGCUCAGCUCCAUAGAAGAGUCAUGGGUAAUUGACGAUUCAGGGGAUUUUAGCUCCCUUGGAGACUGGGGACAGUCUUUCAAAACACUGGCUAGCAUCCUGGACAAACUGCCGCCUACUGUGACCGAGGAGAGCUGAGAAGAAGCUGGACAGCAGAGACACUUUGGGAGUCCAUGUGGGAAUUUGCUUAUUUUUCUAGACAUGUUUUUUUUACUGUGAAAUAACUGGCUAUAAUGAUGUGAGGACUUUUUUGAAAACCGUCCAUGUGAAGUUGUUGAUUGGUUAACGAAAGAGAGAGAGAGAGAGAGAGAGAGAGAGAGAGAGAGAGAGAGAGAGAGAGAGAGAGAGAGAGAGAAGAAAUCUAGCUACAGGUGCAUGAACAGGUAAACUUGAUAGCUCCUCAAAUUGCCUGAGGUACUAUACGUUUACAUGUAUUUUAAUUUAUGUUACUUAAUAAAAAUAUCUUCAUCUGA